AGAAGGUCGCGCGCGGGCCCCCGCCAGUCAGGUGGGCGCCAGGCCCUGGCCGUGGCGAAAGUACCGGCGGAGCCGGAGACCCGCUGCCGGAGACGCCGCCUCGCGAUCCCCGCGCGGGCGGGACCGGGCGGCCGGCGUCAUGACCCUGUUUCACUUCGGGAACUGCUUCGCUCUCGCCUACUUCCCCUACUUCAUCACCUACAAGUGCAGCGGCCUGUCCGAGUACAACGCCUUCUGGAAAUGCGUCCAGGCUGGAGUCACCUACCUCUUUGUCCAACUCUGCAAGAUGCUGUUCUUGGCCACUUUCUUUCCCACCUGGGAAGGCGGCAUCUAUGACUUCAUUGGGGAGUUCAUGAAGGCCAGCGUGGAUGUGGCAGACCUGAUAGGUCUAAACCUUGUCAUGUCCCGGAAUGCCGGCAAGGGGGAGUACAAGAUCAUGGUUGCUGCCCUGGGCUGGGCCACCGCUGAGCUUAUUAUGUCCCGCUGCAUUCCCCUAUGGGUCGGAGCCCGGGGCAUUGAGUUUGACUGGAAGUACAUCCAGAUGAGCAUAGACUCCAACAUCAGUCUGGUCCAUUACAUCGUCGCAUCUGCUCAGGUCUGGAUGAUAACACGCUAUGAUCUGUACCACACCUUCCGGCCGGCUGUCCUCCUACUGAUGUUCCUCAGUGUCUACAAGGCCUUCGUGAUGGAGACCUUCGUCCACCUCUGCUCACUGGGCAGCUGGACAGCCCUACUGGCCCGAGCAGUGGUAACGGGGCUGCUGGCCCUCAGCACCUUGGCCCUGUACGUCGCCGUUGUCAAUGUGCACUCCUAGGCUUGGUGUCUCAGAUACUGAUGUACCCUUUCCCUGACUCGCUUCAGGUUUUAGUGAAGUAAACAGUAUUUGGAAAACUCCGUCUCAAAAAAAAAAAAAAA